UGUUACACCACUUCCUGUCCUUUGUAAUAAAGGCCCGGCGGCUCAGCGGGUCAGUUUUUUGGUUUUAGGUUCGGUGAAUCCGGGUCAAAUCGGAGCCAUCAGAACCGCAAACAUGACGGUGGGGAAGAGCAGCAAGAUGCUGCAGCACAUCGACUUCAGGAUGAGGUGCAUCCUGCAGGACGGACGCAUCUUCAUCGGAACCUUCAAGGCCUUCGACAAACACAUGAACCUCAUCCUGUGCGACUGCGACGAGUUCCGCAAGAUCAAGCCAAAGAACUCGAAGCAGCCGGAGCGCGAGGAGAAGCGGGUUCUGGGUCUGGUUCUGCUACGGGGGGAGAACCUGGUUUCCAUGACGGUGGAAGGCCCGCCCCCCAAAGACACCGGGAUCGCCCGGGUCCCCCUGGCGGGCGUGGCGGGCGGGCCGGGCGUGGGCCGCGCCGCGGGUCGGGGCGUCCCGGCCGGCGCGCCGAUGCCUCAGGCGCCGGCCGGACUGGCGGGGCCGGUCCGGGGAGUGGGCGGCCUUCGCAGCAGGUUCUGCGUGUUCCAGGUGAUGACUCCGCAGGGCAGAGGCACUGUUGCCGCAGCAGCAGCAGGCGCCAGCAUCGCCGGCGCCCCGACGCAGUACCCCCCUGGGCGGGGAGUCCCGCCCCCCAUGGCCCGAGCCGCGCCCCCUCCAGGUAUGAUGGGCCCACCCCCCGGCAUGCGUCCCCAUGGGCCCCCGAUGGGAAUGCCGCCCGGUCGCCGCGGCGCCCCGAUGGGAAUGCCGCCUCCCGGCAUGAGGCCGCCGCCUCCCGGGAUGAGAGGACCGCCCCCUCCAGGAAUGAGGCCGCCGCCCAGGCCAUGAAGAAGCUCCGCCCCCUCAGACUCUUGUAUAGAUGUUUUUGUUACUUUUUAAUAAAGUUUUCUCAGUUUGAA